AGAAAGGGUAUAAAAACAAGUUAGCCUUUCAACCGCAUGAGCCUGUGCUCUUGAGAAUACUGCGACAGCUAACCAGUCUCUACUACAAGUUAGAAUAACCAGACAACCACAGACACAAAACGAGCAAGAUGAAGGUACCACUGGCAAAUCUGCUAUGCAUCACAGUCUUGGCGAGCUCCGGGACAAGCUUCCCGCUGGAAAGGAGAGGAGCUGCUACUGGAAAAGAGAAGAGAGUUCAGUAUGCAGCUUGGGAUGAUGUUAAUGUGCUAGCACAUGGGUUGCUGCAACUAGGUCAGGGUCUUAAAGAGCAUGUGGACAAGACCAAAGGCCAGGUGAGAGACAUCAGCAUCAAGAUGAAGGUCUUCAAUGUCACCAUAUCCGAGCUAGGCAAGCUGACACAACGGCUUCAAGAAGACAGCGAGGCGUUGAAAGCAAAAGCCCAGAGUCUGGAAGAACGUGAGAACGUGGUGCUAAACGUGUCAAUGGAUCUGCGGGAGAAGACGGAAGAGCUGCUCAAAGACAGGAAGAAGGACCAUGAGAGGAUGAAUAAGCUGGAAGAAAAAGUAGAUGGCUUAAUGCAAGGAGAGGGUUUGGAAGCUGCCAACGGCAACUACAGCGAUGCCCGAACCAUUCAGUUGAUGCUGGAGGCGCAAAAUAAGCGCAUUGAUGAUUUAGUCGAGCGCAUCAAGCAACAGCAAGAAAAACUGGAUAAACAAAAUGUUCGCAUUCGGACCCUCCAACACCAGAUUCGUAUGAACAGCGAGCGGUCUUCUCUCAAACGGGAGGAUGAUGUUCAUCUGAACGCGAGCUCUGAACAGCGAGAUUCACCUGUUGCUAUGGCUUCUGACUGUCAUGAGUUGUUCCUAAGGGGUGAGACCACAAGCGGGCUGUUCACCAUCCAGCCAACUGACUCUGAGCCUUUUGAGGUCUUCUGCGAAAUGACACCCGAAGGAGGAUGGACAGUCAUCCAGAGACGCCAAGAUGGAUCUGUAGACUUCGAUCAACUUUGGCAGGCAUACCAGACUGGCUUUGGGAACCUAAAUGGCGAGUUCUGGCUUGGCCUGGAAAAGAUCCAUUCUGUGUCCAAGGGCGGAAACUACAUCCUCAAGGUGCAGUUCUCUGAUUGGCGGGAUGAAGUUCAGACCAUCAACUACCCUUUCCGUCUGAACGGCGAGGAGAGCAGCUAUUCCUUGCGCAUUCUGGGGAGUCCUGCCGGGAACCUGGAGAGCUCUCUGUCCACCGAAACAUCUGGAGUGCCCUUCUCCACCCGCGACAAAGACAAUGACCAGAAGAUUGACCUCAACUGUGCCAAACAGCUAUCAGGUGGUUGGUGGUUUAGCAAUUGCGGUCGCUCAAACCUGAAUGGCAGAUAUUUUGUUACUCCUGCACCAAAGCAAAGGCACCAGAGAAAGCAAGGGGUGUUCUGGAAGACCUGGCGCGGUCGCUACUACCCGCUGAAAACCACCACCAUGAUGAUUGCGCCCGCCGAGAUCGAGAAUAAGUCAUAGAGGACCUCUGCUGAGAUCCUAACCAAUGAUAUGGGUGGAGAAACCACCAUUUGUAACCUGCCAAAAUAACGUGUUGGUGCUGUAAAUGUCUAAAGCUCUAUUAGGAGUGUCUUUGUUAGAACAGACAAAGUCUGAAUCAUGAAUGUGGUGGACACUCAAAUCCCAGUCUGCACAAAAAUAGGCUCUUUUAAUUAGAACUAAAUGUGCCUGGAGCUCUGCAAGCAGCAGCAUGUUUUAUAUGGUGCAGGCCACUGUAAGGAUCUGCUACAUGUUUAGACAAAUCUGGCAGGGUGACGUCAAAAGACCUUAUGGUUAAGCACCAUUGCAAGCACUUUCCAAAGCUCAAAAGCUUGGGGAAGAAAUUAACCUUGCCACUAAAAUACGGACCAAAUAAGCUAUUUAAGCUUGAGCCAGUACUUUUGAGAAUGCUUAUUGUAAAGGCACUGUUUAUCUUAAGGCAUUAUCCACAGACAUGCGUUAGUAGAUCUGCAGAACAUUCAAAGUUCAUUGCCUGUCAAUUCAUUUCAAGUAUCUAAAUGUGGAAGUUAUUUUCUGGUACGCACAUGCUGUUUUUCAAAAGCUUAAAUGAUCUGAGACUACUUGUGUAUUUUUCUGUUUUGAAAUCAAAUGAGGAGUUCCUGUGGAGAUUCAUUUUCUCAGUCACAUUGACUGCCUUUUAUAUGUCUAUAGCUGUCACUUCCAUGUAAAUAACAGAAAUAUACAUUUUCUUCGUAGCGUUACCGCUGUAUUCUUGCCAACUUUAAAAGGUCAUGUUCUGAUUUCCAUAUUAUUUAAAUGUUGUACAAAAAUCAUUAUGUAUUUCUUUAUCUUUUUGCUUAUAAUUUAUGUUUUCCAAAAAGUAAAGCAUUUUGCUAUUGUUUUUAUAAAAAUGUUUGGUCUUGAAGAGACCAAUAAAGACUGAUUUUAUUUUAAAAAA